AUGCCCGAUCUUCGCAGGGGCGAGGACCACACGGAUGCGGAUCAUGAAAUGCGGACGUUGACAUCUUACCUCUCGCGCAUGAGCAGUCUGGCUUUCAGCCAAAGUACGUCCCGAAGCUCUAUAAACUCCGUCAGCGUCAAUGGCAUAUCGCAGGCACCCGUCGUCGUCAUGGGCAACCCGUCAGCGGAUCUGGACAGUUUCGUCUCCGCCGUGGUGACCGCGUUUUGCUACAACAUCGCUGGAAACGGGGCGGUACAUUCUAAGAGACCUGCGUAUAUACCGGUCCUGAAUCUUCCGUCCGUCAGAUCCAGCGAGCUGUGGCGACUGCGGCCGGAGUUUGGGGUCGCUAUACGGUUGGCAUCGGGGGAUGCGCCUGACGCAGUGGGCAAGGACGGUUCGGAGCAGGGCAAGACUGAUGCGUUGAACGAACUCGUCACCAUCGCGGACAUCAGAGCCGACAAGGGAUCGGCGCUACAUAGGCUAUUUUACGAGUCCAGCAAGAACCCCGAGACGCAGCAGCCGGAUCCGACCGCGAAGCAAUCCCUCUUUUUGGUCGACCACAACGCGCCCUCGAUACCGGGCCUUUCGGACGAAGCCGUCGCCGCUAGAUUUAACGUCACGGGCUGCAUCGACCACCACGUUGACGAACACUACGUGUCACAGGAUGCGGACCCACGCAUCGUCACGACCGGGAUAGGGAGCUGCACGAGCCUCGUGGUCACGCACCUUCGCAAGCAAGGCAUGUGGCCCUCCCCCACGUCCCAGCAGUCUGACGAGCAAAACCAGAACACUCCACAAAUCGACCCGGAGGCCCUGUCGCAGUUGUCCAAACUCGCCCUCGCCCCGAUCCUUAUCGACACGUCGAACCUGCGGGCCAAGGGCGACAAAUGCUUCGACACGGACAGGGAGGUCGCGCGGUUUCUGGAAUCCACGAUCGCGACGAGCACGGCGCAGAUACGGGGGGAAACAUCGCAGACGCGCUCCGGAUCAGCAGGAGGCGGCGCCGAAUGGGACCGCGACGCCUUCUUCUCGUGCAUCUCCACGGCCAAAGCAAACUCUCUGGACUUGCUGACCAUGCAAGAAGUCUUUGAUCGCGACUACAAGGCCUGGACCGAGCGCACUGCUACCGCCGGUGGUAACACUAGUACUGGCACUAGCACAGGUAAAGGUAAAGAAAUCAACAUCGGCAUCUCCAGCCUCGUGAAACCCCUCUCCUGGCUCGUCGCCCACGCGGGGGACGCCGACGCUUUGCUCGCCGAGAUCGAAGCCUUCGCCACCGACGACGCCCGCCAGCUGGGCGUGUUCUGCAUGCUCACGCGCACGGGCGACGGGCGCAAAGAAGUCGCCGUGCUGGUCCUGGACGACGCUGCAAAGGGCGCCGUUGACGCGUUCGAGACAAAGAGCCGCGAUGAGCUGCGGUUGGCCGAGUGGGCUGCCGAAGAUGGCGGCGGCGGCGGCGGCGGCGGGACCGAGAGACUUGUUGACGCACUGAAAAAGAAGUGGGCUGAGAAGGGCAAAUGGAAGAUCUGGUGGAUGGGAGACACGACUAAGAGCCGCAAACAAGUUGGGCCGCUGUUGAGGGAAGCAGUGAGAGAUCUCUAG